CCAAAAGAGAAAAAAAAGCUGAGAGUGAUGUUGCUGGCCCUAUAUAAGGUGCAGCCACCUCCUGCAGAGCACAUCAAGAAUCACAGCAAAGUGCUGAAUAGCUGUAACCUGCUGGGACGGACAAUCUCUGACCGUGAGCCAUGGCCUACCUGCAGACCUUGUCCAAGAGCUUCCCAGGAUGGGUUUUCUUCUGCUGCUGUUGCUGUCUCCCUCUUCUUCUCACCAGCUCUCUGCCUCUGAAAGGGGCUUCUGUUGCCCAUCAUGCCUGCAGGCUCAGGAAGAUCAACUUCCAGCAGCCCUACAUCAGGAAUCGCACCUACACCUUGGCUAAAAUGGCCAGUGCCUCGGACAAGGACACAGAUAACAGAUUGAUUGGGCAGCACCUCUAUGUUAACAUCAAGGAAAACAACCGCUGCUACCUGAUGAAGAGGGUUGUGGAGAUUGUGGUAAAAGAUGUUCUCCUCACUGAGGGCAAGAAUCAGUACCCACAUGUUGAGGAGGUGGCACAGUUCUUGGCAUCCCUGACCUUGGAGCUGAGCAAAUGUAAAUCCUCAGGAAACAGAGAGCACAUUGAAAAGAACCUGGAACAAAUGAAGAACAAAAUGGAACAGUUGGGAGAAAAUGGAAAGACUAAAGCCAUUGGAGAACUGGAUUUACUGUUUGACUACAUGGAAAAUGCCUGCACUGAUAUCCCAAAGAAGGGAGGGAACAAGGAGAAAAACUGAAAAAAUUUUGGAACAGGCUUGAAGA